AAUACAGUAUAUAAUUUCGAGCUGGGAGUUAUAUAUCUGGAGUCUGACGUCGAAAUGCUGCAUUCCUUUUUUAUAUAAUAGAAAUAAAUCUGUCGCCAAAGAGAAUCGGGUCACUUAUUACAAAAUUGUGUAAGCGCACAGAUGUCCCACUCAAAACUCAAUUCUAACAUCAUAAGGUCAUCCAAUGGACACAAAAAGAAAAUCAUUGUCAUUGCCUCUAGCAUUUGACAGACUUGGAUAAUGCGCUGAUUAUUGGCUUCAUUCCACUGUAAUUAUGCCCAUUAGUGUAGCCAGUGUGUUCCUAUAAAUAUAUACAACCUGCCAAAAAGUUUUGGAAAUGCUGCGUUCCUACAUUAAGGCCUCAACUAGCCAGUUACCCGUGCUUUGCUACAGUUUUUAUAUAUCAUAUAAAUAUGUAUUGAGAUAUUUAUUCAAACAUAAUUAUUAUUUAUUUCUAAACAUUAAGGUACGCGUGGUCUGAUGGUUAGCCCUAAAUUUCAAGAGCAGGGGGUGUGGGUUUGAGUGCUCGCUCUGCACUAUUUUUUGAUAUAAUUAAAGUACAUGUGGUCUGGUGUUAGCUGCGCGGGUGGGGUCGGGUGCUGGGUAGGCGCAGUAACGUGGGCAUUGGACGUGGGGCCCACAGGGCAUGGCCCCUGAGGUGGAGCGUGUGGGGCGGACCCAGAGUGUCAGCGCGGAGGUUGAAGUCGUUGUAGUACCAGGUGCUCACAUUAGGUUCUUAAUAGAUUAGUAUAAAUAUAGAUUGGAACAUGGUUUUUUUUAUUCCUUUGUUUUUCUGUAAAUUUGAAUAAUUCCUAUGAAAUUUCUAUACAAUACAUGCUAUUCAAAUGGGCCAUAACAAGAGGGACCCAGUUCUAACAAGUGCUUACCUGCAUAUGGAUACACAUACACAUGAUGCCAUUUGAGGCUUGGUCAUAAUGGGUUGACUGCCAUUUCGAUAUGUUGCUUCCUUUACUUCUUUCUUUAAUGGCCUUGGGCAUCUUUUCAGCUCAACACAAUGGAAAUGUACAUAUUCACAUGUAUACACCGAAUUACGAAAUAUGAUCGAAUGAUUUUGUAUCUAUUUUUUUAGAAUCGUCUAAGUCUUAGCAUGGAUUGUAAAAGUUGCAAACUAAAUGUAAUAAUACCUUAUUUGGUUAUACAACUAAAUAUACUAGGAGUAGUUGUAUCCUUGACACACCAGUACACCAUCUAGAGUAAACAUAGUACUGUUGGCAGGAUAUGCAGUGCAGCAUCAUUCUAAUUGAUUAGUGUCACUCCUGGAGAUGUGUUCAAAGGUUGCCCUAAAUGUAAGACCUACAAUUAGGUUUCAGUGUAUGGUUGGAGGGUGAUCUGCUUCCUUUCCCUGUUAUUGUAAUUCUGGUGAACCAACUACCCAUUUUGUCCAAAGUGGCCUGCAGCGGUUUUAUCUCAUCACUUAUCAGUCGUCGCUUGAGUGAGAUAGACUGGAUCCAUUAAAGAUUGCAGCUACAUUGUUUGGGGCUUUUGCUGAACUCUACCAAAGAUGCUGGAGCAUAUAUAGGGGACAAAUGUUCUCUUUUCUUAAAUCUUGUUAAUGAUCUCCGACUUCCAAGCGAUGAAAUUCGUGGAGAGAUACUCUUUGUUCUAUACAAACUCGCUUUACUAAAUGCCACCCCAUGGGACGAUAUAUGUGAAACUGGAGAUUUGGACCUUCUGGCAAUUGGUAGAAGCUUGCUUCAACUCUCUCUUGAAGUCCUACUCAAAACUCAAAAUGAUGCUGUUCGCUUGAACUGUAUUGCAUUGCUCCUUACUUUAGCAAAGAAGGAGCCCUUUGAUCAUUUGCUGAUCAGCAACCAGAGUUCUAACAAAUGCAUAGAAGCAGAGUCCAUGCAGACGGAUUAUAUGUCCCUAAAUGCUUCUCUUGUUCUAUUCGCUGAGGCUGUCAAAGGAUCUCUGCUAUCUACUAACCUAGAAGUUCAGGCAGGGACAUUGGAUUUGAUCUUUCAUUUCCUGUCAUCUGAUGCAAAUAUUUGUGCUCUACUUCAAACUUUGAUCGAUGAAAAUGUUGCUGAUUACAUAUUUGAGGUUCUCAGGUUAUCAGGAAAUAAUGAUCUGCUUGUCAUUUCCUCUAUUCGGGUACUAUUACUUUUUGCGAGAUCAGAGGAAAAUUUCAAAGAAAAGCUUGCCAUUGGAUUUUCCACUCUUCUUCCUGUUCUUCACUAUGUUGCAGAGAUACCAUUUCACCCAGUCCAGUCCCAUGUUUUACGACUUGUUUGGAUUUGCAUGGCCAAUUGUUCUGGUAUCCUCUCACUGCCCCAAGAAGAACAGAUAGCCUGUACUUUGACUGCAAUCUUGAGAAGAAAUCUCAAUGGUGAACUUGACAUGAGUUCUGAAACUUUUAUUCUGGUUUGCUCAAUAUUAAUAGAGAUUCUGAAGUCACCUCAUGCUCAUGAUAUUGAGAAACUACCAUCAUUUAUUGAAGAAGCAUCAAAAUAUGCGAUAUCUUCUACAUUGUCACAUGGGUAUGAUUCUACGAUCCUCAGUACUCAUUCUCUUCUUCUUCUGAAAGAAGCACUUAUAUUCUGCCUUGAAGGGAGCAAAUACAAUAUUGCUAGAACGAAGGAUCUUGAGGAUAGCAUCAUGGGAACUUGUGGAACAAUUUUACUGCAAUGGCUUGAAAGUGCUGUGGUUGACGGUAAUGAUGAAGAAACAUUGGCUGAGAUCCUUCAGAUUUUCCAAAUUAUUUUGUCAAGGGCAUCUGACAAAAAGCCAUUAAAAUUCGCUGAAUUGCUAGCAUCAUCAUCAUGGUUUAGCUUGUCAUUUGGAUUCAUGGGCUUAUUUCCUACCGAUCAUGUAAAAUCACUAGUAUGUUUGGUCACCAGUUUGAUUGUUGACAGGCUUUUGGGAUGUAAUUAUGGGGAAACAAUUCGAGAUGCACACAUUUAUCUGCCAUCAGACCCUACAGAAAUGAUGUAUUUACUUGGGCAAUGUAGCACAGAAGACUUCAACUUGGCAUCAUGCCAAUGUGCUAUUCUUUCUAUAUUGUAUGCCUGUUCAUUCUACAACGAAAGGCUCUGUGCUAACAACCAAAUUCUGGCUUCUGUUGAGCAAUACAUCCUCCUCAAUGGUGGGACCUUUCCAUAUGAAAUCAAUGGUUCCAUUAUGCUUACGCUUCUGGUCCAUCUUUAUGCCUUCAUCAGAGGCCUUUCCCAUAGCUGCAGCAUUCCACACAGUCCAGAAGCCGAGAAUACACUAUUCCACUUAAUCAUACACAAGGACUGGGAUUUGCUUGUGAUUCGAGUCCAUUCGGUAGCAAUAAAAUGGCUCUUUCAGAAGCAAGAAAUUAUGGAACCACUCGCCUUCCAGAUGCUAAAGUUUUGUAGAACUUUCUGUGAAGAUGAAACUGUCAUGCUUUCAAACAGCAGUCAGUUGGUUGACAUGCAAAUGAUUGCGGAGCUUGCACUUUCUGGAGAAACCACCAUCUCGUCUUUGCUGGUGUCCUUGCUAGACCAGAUGCUAAAGGAGGGUACAGAAGAUGAGUUAUUUUCAGUUGUCAGUGUUAUCGCUGAAAUCCUCAUGAUCUCUCCAUGUUCUUCCGAUCAAUUUAUAUCAUGUGGUAUUAUCGGUUCAUUCCAUGGCAUAUAUUGCUUACCAUACUCUUCAAGGAGCAGAACAGUUUGUUCCUAUUUGAUCUUUAACAUCUUAUGCUCAGCAAAUGCAUCAACAUUUGGCCAGGAAGAUGAAUGGCUUCCUCUUGUUCUAAAGUUAUUGGAAUUUAUCAGUUCGGGUAUUGAUUAUACCUCUAGUGGCCAAGAACACAAGAUAGUAGUUGGGAUACUAUGCCUUGUUUUACAUCAUUCGUCAAGCAACUUUCUUAUUGAGCCUGCAAAAGCCAUAAUAUUGAACAGUUCUUUGGUUUCUUUAACAGAUGUUGUAGUAAACAACGCUUGUGUUAAAGGCCCAUCUUUAUUUCAACACAAUCAGGAGACAACCUUUGGAGAAUUCCUGAUUCUUGUACUUCUAUUGGUGUUCUUCUCUCUAAGAAGUUUGCAUAGCAUUCUAGAGGUAAGUAUUGACUGGCAGGACUUCCUUCAGCAUUCAGACGAUGUCCAGUCAUUUUCUGUUCUCGGUAUUCCAUGCCAUGAUUUAUGCCGUCUCAUGCACUUCGGUUCACCUUCUAUUAAGCUUAUUGCUUCACAAUGCCUGUUGGAGUUGCUCACGAGAAUUUCAGAUCAAAGGUCAUGUAAUAAUGCUGAGUUAAGAUGCUCUGUGGGAUAUUUGAAGUCCAUUAUUGCAGUGACAGAGGGAUUGGUGUUCAGUGAAGACAGUAAAGUUGCUGGAAAUUGCAGUGCCUGUCUCUCUGUGAUUUUGGGAUGGGAGAAAUUUGGAAGCCAAGAAAAGGUGGCAGUCAGAGAAUCUAAAUGGUUUAGGCUAAUAAUGGAGGAAUUUGUUGUGGCCUUGACUGCUCCUGGUUUGACGUCGAAAUCUUUCUCCAGUCAGCAGAAGUUUGCUGCGAAUAUGGCUGUUUCGUUGCUCAGGCUGAGCCAAGUGCCAGAUUGGCUGACAUCGUUGUUUGAUGGGCAUCUGAUAUCUGGCAUCGUGGCUAAUCUUUCUGCUAGGAAUGUUACUGCAGAAAUCAUCAAUCUCUUCAGUGAGCUCAUGGCUAGGAAGUAUCUCAGUCAAGAGCACAUUGUUGAUCUACAUAACUUGUUGCAGGUGUGCAGAAGCCAGGUCUACGAGGGAAGCUCCAAAGCACCGUUGCCAGAGCAAAGGGUUGAAAAAGUCGCGAGAAGCACCAAUGACGUGCUCGCAUCUCUCUUUGGCCUGAUGGUGAACCAGUGCACAGACUCUGGCACGGCGCAAGCGGAGCAGCAGAGACUACUGCAUGCGAUUGACGUGUUCUUCCAGGAGUCGGGCAGGAGACAACAGCAACAUGCUACAGCUCGACAAGAGACAGUGCCAGGGGAUUAUGGACCAAGACAGGGCAGCAGGGCCCGUCGCCCCAAAGAGAAGAUAUCCGGUCCAGGAUGGAUCCGGAUCCGGCACUAGUGAGCCUACGCCUACGCCUGCGCUCGUGACCGAUGCCGGCCGUGCCCAGGUUGCUGCUGGCUUGUGUUCGGAGCUCCCACGCUUGAUUUGUGGGGAAUUCCGGCGAUCAGCUCCGCCGCUCCCAUCUCACGAGUCACGAACUACAUCCGCUUCCAAAGAAACAUGAUAUCUUGAAUCCUAAGUCAUGAAUCCUGAGUCAGAAACUCUAGUGAAGUCGCAACUACUCGACGUGUUUUAAGUUUUUAAGGAGCCGUAAAUUUAGCUCUUGUAUUUAACGAGCUCCUCGCGAACCGGAAUGAGCUGAGGAAGCCCAAAACUGAUGCCCACAACAAGCACAAAGCCAACAGCCCAACACUAACAAGACCCUACGUUUAUCUCUUCCUAUUGAUUUCACCCUGACCCUGCGCCAACGGCUUGCUGCCAGCCAUGGUCUUGUGCUAAUCGCUUCUUGUCCGGUUCCUACCCAUGCUUAGUGUGACCCUAGUGUUGUCUGCUUCGACACCAAUAGGUAACACGAACACUAAACAAGCUUAUCCAUGGUCAUCAAGCAGUCUAUUACCUUCCCAUUCUUCGUACUGCAUUUAUAACUCAAGCUUGAUGAAUACAUGAGUACGUAUGUGUGUUUUGAAUUA